AUGGACGAGUUUCAGAAUUCAGGGCUAAAUAAGUACAAACUUGUUUUUUUAGGAGAACAAGCGGUUGGAAAAACAUCAAUAAUUACCCGAUUUAUGUAUGACACUUUUGACAAUAAUUAUCAGUCUACAAUCGGAAUCGAUUUUCUCAGUAAAACAUUGUAUCUGGAUGAAGGCCCAGUACGUCUACAGCUGUGGGACACGGCCGGUCAGGAACGAUUUAGAAGUUUAAUACCAAGUUAUAUUAGAGACUCGGCUGCAGCUAUUGUUGUGUAUGAUAUUACAAAUAGACAAUCAUUCGAAAAUACAACCAAAUGGAUACAAGACAUUUUAAAUGAAAGAGGUAAGGAUGUUAUAAUUGCCCUAGUGGGGAAUAAAACAGAUUUAGGAGAUCUAAGGAAAGUUACAUAUGAAGAAGGUAUGCAAAAAGCUCAAGAAUACAAUACUAUGUUUCAUGAAACAAGUGCCAAAGCAGGGCAUAAUAUAAAAGUUUUGUUUAAAAAAAUUGCAGCCAAGUUACCAAAUCUAGAUAAUACCAAUUCAAACGAGGCAAAUGUUGUUGAUAUACAACUAUCGAACAAUGCAACAACCAAUGAGAAAAAUAUGCUAAAUAAAUGCAUGUGUUAA